AUGGGGGUGGUAGAACGCUGUUUUAGCCUGGACGUCCCUUGGGAGACACAAUGCAUUGGUUUUGAAAAGGGGGACUCACCUGCCCUUCCUCGUGGGCGGCUGGAGAAAGUGGCUGCUGGCUUUGCAAGCGGGAGCACCUCGCUGAACGGCAGGACUCGUCACGGGCCAUUUUACCCCACGCUGCUCCAGACGCCCCUCAGCCUAGAAAACACAACUGUCGCGCGCAGGCUCGAGAGGAUGAGGAGGACUUUCGAGGAGCCCACGUCCUCCGGGGCCGCGCAGGUGCUGGCCACCGUCUCCAUCCUCUUCGUGAUCGUGUCCAUGGUGGUGCUGUGCGCCAGCACGCUGCCCGAGUGGCGCGCGCCGGAGAACCGCAGCGUGGAGGAGCAGAGCAGGUACACAGCAGAGUCAGUGAGGGAGCCCUCAGGGAUAAUUGAAGCUAUCUGCAUAGGCUGGUUCACGGCAGAGUGCAUUGUGAGGUUCAUCGUCUCCAAAAACAAGUGUGAGUUUGUCAGAAGACCUCUCAACAUCAUUGAUUUACUGGCAAUUACUCCCUACUACAUCUCUGUUCUAAUGACAGUUUUUACCGGGGAAAAUUCGCAGCUACAGAGGGCUGGAGUCACCUUGAGGGUCUUAAGAAUGAUGAGGAUUUUCUGGGUGAUUAAACUUGCUCGUCAUUUCAUUGGCCUUCAGACACUUGGGCUGACUCUGAAGCGCUGUUACAGAGAGAUGGUGAUGCUACUUGUCUUUAUCUGUGUUGCUAUGGCAAUUUUCAGUGCACUCUCCCAGCUUCUUGAAAAUGGGCUGGACUUGGGAACAAAGAAUAAGGAUUACGCCAGCAUCCCUGCUGCUUGUUGGUGGGUGAUCAUCUCUAUGACCACAGUUGGUUAUGGUGACAUGUGCCCCAUCACUGUACCUGGAAGGAUUCUUGGAGGAAUUUGUGUGGUUAGUGGCAUUGUUUUACUAGCCUUGCCAAUUACUUUCAUUUAUCAUAGCUUCGUGCAAUGUUACCAUGAGCUCAAAUUCCGAUCUGCUAGGUACAGUAGAAGCCUCUCUGCCGAGUUCUUAAAUUGACCA